ACCACAGCCUGUAGAGAGGACCCAGUCCUCUGAAAGAGGCCUGUCUGUCAGAGACAACGAGGACACGCUGGAUUCUGCUCAGCGAUGGAGACACUACUGGCGAUUACUUUUGGUUCAGUUUGACCCCGCUGAGAUCCUCCUGAAAACAUCUUGUUCAGUUCAUUCGUCCUUUUAGCGACAAAGCGGCGGGGAUGGAGCAAGCACCCAGCGCGCCGAGCCCUCCUCCAAAACCGGCCCAUCACGAGCCCAUCAGCUUCGGCAUCGACCAGAUCCUGGGAGCCGGUACGGAGCCAGAGAGCGGGCGCACGGCUGGAAGACAAAGUGGAUCCGAUUUAAGCAACGGGGACGGUUAUUACAGUUUAGGAAGCCCGACCGGGGCCAGCGCGCCCUCAUACACCGCGCUGUCCAUCUCCCUCUCCGGUAUAAUACCUCCGGUGGAGGCUUCAGGUUCUUAUGGGGAGAGCAGGAGUCUGGGCAGCCGGGGAGUGAUCCGAGUCCCGGCACACAGACCCAUGACAGCCCCGGGACCCCCGGCCCCCGUCCAGAGCGCUGUCCCCGGGUUUGGGGGACUGUGUUUCCCUUGGAUAGGAAACAGAUUCGCCAAGGACAGAAUAUCAGCGGCUCUGGUGCCGUUCGCCGUUACGCGGCGGAUAGGACACCCGUACCAGAACCGGACACCGCCCAAACGGAAAAAGCCCCGCACUUCCUUCUCCAGAGUUCAGAUCUGCGAGCUGGAGAAACGUUUCCACCGGCAGAAAUACCUGGCCAGCGCUGAGCGGGCCGCGCUGGCCAAGAGUCUGAAGAUGACAGACGCACAGGUCAAAACGUGGUUCCAGAACCGCAGGACCAAGUGGAGGAGACAGACAGCCGAGGAGAGGGAGGCGGAGCGUCAGCAGGCCAAUCGCCUCAUCCUGCAGCUGCAGCAGUCCGCCCUCCAGAAGUCCCUCAGCGAAUCAGCGGUGUCGGAUCCACUGUGCGCCCAUAACUCCUCCCUGUAUGCCCUGCAGAACCUCCAGCCCUGGGCCGAGGAGAGGGAAUAGAGACCAUGCUGUCACCAACAAGCAUCAGCUAUUAUCCCUGGGGGGAUAAAUCAAUUAAAUUAGGCCUACAUGAGGACAGUGGGACUUACUUUGAUCCAUCCAAUGGAUAAAAAGAAAAAAGUUGGACCAGAAAAACUGAAGAAUGGGUCACAGCCAGUUGAGUGGAUGGUUGAGAAAAUGGAUGAUGGUGAGUGAUGAAAGAAAAACAGAACUUUCUUGGGAUAAAUCUUGCAACUCUAUACUUGGGACUUUUUCAAAUCCACAAAAAGGAAACAGAACUUGUCAUAAAAAUACUUGAGGGAGAAAUGCACCCCGAACACUUGAAGCAGGCAUUAAUUCUCCACAGUGAGACAUGAUUUAGUGUUUUCUGAACCAACUCCUUACUCUGAAACACACUCUGAAACACUAUGAAAGGGACAAACUCCGGCCAUGUGAAGGCAAGGCAUACAACCCAACAACUAUACAACAGACUACUUGCAAAAACAAUGUCUGUUUUAUCAACAUAUACAAAAAUAUUUGUGCAAAAAAAUUCAAAUUGUUCUGGUGCUUAAAUUAUCUUCCAAUCUCAUUUAUAAACGUACCCACACCAGCUACACUGCACCACCACGGCCACCUACUCAUACACAGGUGUGGUGCACCACCUUAGCCCAAGAAAAUGAUGCCUAAGAUGCUACAUUGUGGGGAAGACAUUCUUUUUUGUGCAGUAAUAAAAGGAAAUAGAUGUCAGGAUUAGAGGGGUGAGAAGGAAAUAUGGAAGAGGCUGUAAGGAGGGUAAUAAAGGGAG